AUGGUGAAAGGUGCAACUUUCUAUUGCCUCUUCUCAUGUCUCCUUGUCCUGUUUUUUUGUUCAGUCUCAUCAGUGAAGGAUGAUGAUGCAGAUCAACAGGUAUAUAUCGUGUACUUGGGAGCACUUCCGUCUCGAGAGGACUACACACCAAUGUCCGAUCACAUGAGUAUUCUUCAAGAAGUCAUCGAAGAGAGUUCGAUCGAGAAUCGCUUGGUGAGAAGCUACAAAAGGAGUUUCAACGGGUUUGCAGCACGACUCACCGAAUCCGAACGGAAAAGAUUAGCUGGAAUGGAGAGAGUUGUGUCUGUGUUCCCAAGCAGGAAAAUGAAACUCCAAACGACGACUUCUUGGAACUUCAUGGGUCUCAAAGAAGGAAGCAGGACAAAGCGGAAUCCGAGCAUUGAGAGCGAUACCAUUAUCGGAGUCAUUGAUAGUGGAAUAUGGCCCGAAUCUGACAGCUUUUCCGACCAAGGAUUUGGUCGUCCUCCCAAGAAAUGGAAGGGCACUUGUGCGGGCGGCAAAAACUUCACAUGCAACAACAAAAUCAUUGGUGCAAGAGACUACACAGUCCAAUCUAAAGGGAAAGAGUCGGCGAGGGAUUAUGCGGGACACGGCACGCACACGGCGUCAACGGCCGCCGGAAACGCAGUCGCAGACACCAAUUUCUACGGACUCGGUAAUGGAACCGCAAGAGGUUGCGUUCCAGCCGCCCGAAUCGCGGUUUAUAAAGUCUGUGACAACGAAGGUUGCGAAGGAGAAGCAUUGAUGUCUGCGUUUGACGAUGCCAUCGCUGACGGUGUGGACGUUAUAACGAUCUCAAUCGUGCUCGAUGACAUCCCUCCGUUCGAGGAAGAUCCCAUUGCGAUUGGGGCUUUCCACGCUAUGGUUAAAGGAAUUCUCACUGUGAACGCAGCCGGUAACAACGGUCCGAAACGCAUCACGGUCACGAGCACUGCACCGUGGGUUUUUAGCGUUGCGGCCAGCGUCACGAACCGUGCGUUUAUGGCUAAAGUUGUUCUUGGAGACGACAAGAAACUUGUCGGAAGAUCAGUGAAUACGUAUGAUCUGAAUGGAACCAAGUAUCCUCUGGUUUAUGGAAAAUUUGCUGCUUUGAGUGCAUGUAGCGAGGAUAAGGCUAAGUUAUGCGAGCCAAAGUGUUUAGAUCGAAAACUCGUGAAAGGAAAGAUUGUGUUGUGUGAUUCUUCCAAAGGUCCAAUAGAAGCUCAAAAACUAGGAGCUGUUGGAUCUAUUGCUAAGAACCCUGAACCAGACCGUGCUUUUAUCCGCUCUUUCCCGGUCUCUUUUUUAUCCGAUGAUGACUACAAAUCCGUCGUCUCUUACAUGAAAUCCACAAAAGAUCCAAAAGCGAGUGUUCUGAAAAGUGAGGAAAUUUAUAAUCAGAAAGCUCCUCUCGUUGCUUCUUUCUCUUCUCGCGGUCCAAGUAGCAUCGUUCCAGAUAUUCUCAAGCCGGAUAUAACAGCACCAGGAGUGGAGAUCCUCGCGGCCUAUUCACCUGAUAGUUCGCCAACUGAAAGCGAGUUCGACACUAGACGUGUAAAGUUCUCUGUUAUGUCUGGAACUUCAAUGGCUUGUCCACACAUUGCAGGCGUCGCCGCCUAUGUCAAGACUUUUAAUCCUCAGUGGUCUCCUUCCAUGAUCCAAUCUGCCAUCAUGACAACCGCUUGGCCGAUGAAUGCUUCUGGUCCUGGCUUUGUAUCAACCGAGUUUGCUUAUGGAGCUGGCCAUGUGGACCCAAUAGCUGCUAUAAAUCCUGGGCUCGUCUAUGAAUCUACUAAAGCUGAUCACAUCGCCUUUCUCUGCGGUUUAAACUACUCGAGUGAGAACUUAAGAAUCAUCUCUGGAGACAACAGCACUUGCUCGAAAGAACUUUCCAAGACAUUACCAAGAAACCUCAACUAUCCAACGAUGUCGGCUAAAGUGUCUGGAACUGGACCGUUCAACGUAACUUUCCACAGAACUGUCACAAAUGUUGGUACACCAAACUCUAAAUACAAAGCAACGGUAGUCACAAGCCCCGGAUCUAAACUCUGCAUCAAAGUGUUGCCUAGUGCUCUGUCUAUGAAGUCGGUGAACGAGAAGCAAACUUUCAUGGUGACUGUCGCAGGGGAUAAUCUUGGAAGAAAACAACCUAUGUCUGCAAACCUAAUAUGGUCUGAUGGCAACCAUAAUGUCUACAUCGUUUACCUGGGGGCAAUGUCGACACACAGGAGCUACCUCGCUAUGAAACGUCACCAUUUCUCAUUGCUUCGUAGUAUCAUCGGAAGAAGAUUCAGACCGGGUCUAAUUGUCUCCAACUACUGGAAGACCUUCCAUGGAUUUGCCGCAUGGCUCACUGAGGAAGAAUGCAAGAGGCUUUCAGCCAUGCCUGAGGUCGUUUCAGUUUUCCCGAACUUGAAUGUAAAACUCAACACGGACGUGAUGAAGGACGGCGCCAUGGAUUCUGGACUAAGGGCUCAACCUUUGGCUCCCUUGUGA